AUGGAGCUGGACAAGGGGGACGUGACCGCGCUCAGCCUGCCCUCUGCCACCGGGCACGGCGACACCGAUGGCACCGUCUGCCUGGACGUCCCCGACGGCACCCCCGACCCGCACCGGACAAAAGCUGCCAUCGAGCACCUGCACCAGAAGAUCCUCAAGAUCACCGAGCAGAUCAAGAUCGAGCAGGAGGCUCGGGAUGACAACGUGGCCGAGUACCUGAAGCUGGCCAACAAGUCCCGCAUCAAGCAGGUCUUCGAGAAGAAGAACCAGAAGUCGGCUCAGACCAUCGCACAGCUGCACAAGAAGCUGGAGCACUACCACAAGAAGCUGAAGGAGAUUGAGCAGAACGGCCCUUCCCGGCAGCCCAAGGAUGUUUUCCGGGACAUGCACCAGGGUCUCAAGGACGUGGGUGCCAACGUUCGCUCCAGCAUCAGCGGCUUCAGCGGCGGCGUGGUGGAAGGAGUCAAGGGGGGGCUCUCGGGUCUGUCCCAGGCCACGCACACCGCUGUGGUCUCCAAGCCCCGGGAGUUUGCCAGCCUCAUCCGGAACAAGUUCGGCAGCGCGGACAACAUCGCCCACCUGGCCCCCCUGGUCUCCAGCCCCAAGUACGGCAGUGAUGACGAGUGCUCCAGUGCCACCUCCGGCUCGGCUGGUGGCAGCAACUCAGGGGCAGGACCUGGCGGCUUGGGGAGCCCCAAGUCCAACACGCUGGAGAGCCACCACAAUAACUUCGACACCAUCCUAGAGGAGCUCCGGGAGAUCAAGGACAGCCAGACGCAUCUGGAGGACUCCAUGGAGGACCUCAAGGCUCAGCUGCAGCGGGAUUACACCUACAUGACACAGUGCUUGCAAGAGGAGCGGUACAGGUACGAGCGCCUGGAGGAGCAGCUCAACGACCUCACCGAGCUGCACCAGAACGAAAUGACCAACCUGAAGCAGGAGCUGGCCAGCAUGGAGGAGAAGGUGGCCUACCAGUCCUACGAGAGGGCACGGGACAUCCAGGAGGCGGUGGAGUCCUGCCUGACGCGGGUGACCAAGCUGGAACUGCAGCAGCAGCAGCAGCAGGUGGUGCAGCUGGAAGGGGUGGAGAACGCCAACGCCCGGGCGCUGCUGGGCAAGUUCAUCAACGUCAUCCUGGCCCUGAUGGCCGUGCUGCUCGUCUUCGUCUCCACCAUCGCCAACUUCAUCACCCCGCUCAUGAAGACCCGCAUGCGCAUCCUCAGCACCGCCCUGCUCGUCCUCUUCCUCUUCUUCCUCUGGAAGCACUGGGACUCCAUCAGCUACUUCCUGGAGCACGUCCUGCUCCCCAGCUGA